AUUUGAUUUAAUUUGGUCAUUUAUUCAAACUAACCAGUUGAAAGAAUCUUUGAUAAAUUCAAACAAAAGUUGAUAUGAAAUGGAUCUAACUAUUCAACAUUUAACAUUCUUUAUUAUUCAAAGUUUAAUUAUUUUAUUUAUUAUUAUUAUCACAUCAUUUGAUUCAUUGGUGUACAAAGAAAAAUUCACAAAUCUUCCAUUUGGUCGAUGUCAUUUAAAACAUUUCAAUAAAUUAGAUUCAAUAAAUUGUCCAAAUAAAUCAUGUAGUCAACAUAUUGAUUGUUGGGUUAGUUAUGGUCCAUCACAAAGAUGUGUUUGUGAUCCAAUCAAAUGUGGAUCAGUAUGCUUACAAGAAAAUGCUAAAUGUCCAGAUCCUGCACCAUUAUUAAAUGGAAAUGUUGUAUUCAAUGAUACAGAUGUCGGAGAUAUUGUGGAAUAUACAUGUAAACCAGGUUUAACUGUUCGAGGACAGCGUAAACGACAUUGUUUAGCAACGUUAAGUUGGAGUGGUGAGGCACCAACAUGCAGUAAUCAGACUGAAACUUGUUUUAGUCCACCGGCUAUCUUAAACACACGAAUAAUUCAGUCAAAUCAAAAUGUCCCAGAGAAGAUUCGUGAUGACUUUCGAUCAGGUGAAAAAGUGAGAAUUGAAUGUAUUCCUGGAUAUAUGGAUUCAGAGAGACAAUUUAUAGAAGCAUCAUGUGUUGGAACGGAAUGGUACUAUUCAGAAUUGAAAUGUGAGAGAGUGUCAUGUGGUUUUAUAAAAGAACCAGCUUACGGAUAUAUUCAAUACAAAUAUGAUCAAAGUUUUCAAGCAGAAGCAAUUAUCUUAUGUUCAGAAGGUUAUAAUGUACAUUGCGAUACUGGUUUGUUGUCAGUGGAGAAUGGCUUAGGUUGUAAACGUAUUUGCUUAGAAAAUGGAUCGUGGUCAGGAGAAGAGGUAAUGUGUAAAGCCAUUACCUGUACAGAACCACAAGCAAUUUUAAAUGGUAAUAGUGUGAUUAGUUCACUUAAUGUGAAUGGAACACAUAUAUCUAAAUGUGAUGAAGGUUAUGAACUUUAUGGAUCACAGCAAAGAAUUUGUCAAACAAACGGAAAAUGGAGUGGAUCGGAACCUUAUUGUAAAAAAAAAGAUUGUGGACCACCACCUCAAAUUCAAAACGGUGAACUAUCAUUUAUAACCACAACGUAUGGAAGUAAAGGAAAAGUAAUAUGUGAAGCAGAUACAACGUUGUCAGCUGAAACUGAUGAAGUUAUUUGUAGUGUAAAUGACACCAAGGCUAUAUGGAAACCGCAACCAUUUCCACAGUGUUAUAGACAUUGCUAUCUAUUUACUGUAGAACAUGGAGAUGUCUACUUAAUAAAUAGUAAAAAUUAUGGUGAUAAACAGAUCAUACCAAUCACUACUGAAGAAUUUGGCAUAGAAGGGAAUACACAAAUACACUUGACAAAUGCUAUCUCUAAUCAAAUUAUUUUACCUGGUGGACGAGUUAGACAUGGAUCAGAAUUGAAUGUAACAUGUCACAUAGGUUAUGCAUUGAUUAAACCAAAUCACCCAAUUACUAUUUGUCAAAAUGGAGUUUGGAGUGUUCGAAGUAAAUGUACUCCUGCUCCAUGCAGAAGACAACCACCAAGUUAUCCUGGUGCCAGGGUGAGAUUUUAUAGUCUGAAACACAACUCCUUAGCAAGAUAUGAACCAUUUCCUGGCUACAUGAUGACUGAUAGUCCUAAGAAUCUACAUCAAAUAGACAAAGUGAAUACAUAUGAAGAUCCUAAAGGAACUUUACGUUGCUUAUAUGGUGAAUGGGUUGGAGCUCCCUUGAAAUUCGAACCAAUGCAUUGUCCGCCUAUAGACAUAACUGCACCAUUAAAAGCAAAUGUUUCAUUUGAUGGAAUGUUAUUUGAUUUUCAUGAAUCAAAAAUAAUCCUAAAACAAGAAACAAUUAUAAUAUUCUCAUGUCCUAAAGAAUAUUAUUUAGAUGGUCCUAAAUACAUAGUAUGUCACCUGGGUCAUUGGUUACCGAAACCAAUCUCGUCAUGCAAAAAGAUCCCUCCGAUGUCAAGUAUACAACAAUGGCUGUUCAAUUCAGGAUAACAAUUAUGGAUAUUUGAAUAAAAUUCUUAAGUAUUUACAUUGAAUUUUAUUGUUUUAUUUAUAUUCACCUCAAAAAAUAGUAUGUGAUUAUCUUCAUUGAAUAAUGUUUUUAUGAAAUUAUAAGAGAAAAUCAUACUACUAAAGGUUCCUAACAAACUAAACAAUACAGGAAACCGUAAAAUUGAAGAAUAGAAACGAACUAAUCCGAUUGAAAGAUCCAGUUCUCAAAGAUCACGUGAACAUAUCAAGUAAUAAUUUACAAAGCCGGUCAAUUCAAUUCAAUUCUAAAGUCGUAUAAUUAUGUGCUUGUCUCAAGUAUUUCAUAAAUGUUCAUUCACAAAUAUACUGGAUAAAGCUAGUGAAAGCUUUUCAAUAAGUAAUUAUUCAAAAAUCUUGAAAAUUCUGAUCCAUAAUAUAAACCAACUUUCUAAGCAAAAGUGGAUAGUGACUAGCAGUGGAAUCCAGGACGCGCUUCGUCCUAUUUGGAACUCAUCAGCUGGAUCUGCCUGCAUCUCAGGUGGCUAUCAGGACUCAGUAACUAAGUGGAUAAUGCGAUGACGUUUGAAGCUAACGGCACUGACUUCGAGUCCCAGAGUGAAGAAAAACCGAGAUGAGGGUACAUUCAACUGACGAGUCCCAAAUAGGACGAAGCGCACGUCCUGGAUUCCACUGCUAGCCAAUAUCCAUCUCUGCUUAUUCAAUAGUCUUGAAAAUUUAGAUCUAUAAUAUGGACCAACUUUGUUUAUUAUUAUUCAUGUUUAUUUCAAAUAGUUCACAUCUACGUUUGUAGACAUUGGGUGAAACAACUAAAAACUCGUUUAUUUUAUUUGUCUUCUCUUAAUUGAAAUUAAUACUAUUAUUUCAUGUUUUAAAUACAUAACUUUCAUUUGUUCAUUAUGAAAAAUAUCAUUGAAUGCCUUCUAUCAUUGACAUAAACAUUUUAACUCCUGAAUAUAUC